GGCUUAUAUGAUGAACGAACACGCCGCAUAUUACUCUUAAUAUAUGAUAAUAGUCUAUAGAGUGGUUGUUGACAAAGGCUCAUAUCGAAGCUGGUGAGGAACACUCCCUCGGUCUCAAACCGCUCAGUGCCUCGGCAAUCCAGGGUCGACUUUAAAGGGCCUGGAUUUCUCCGCAAAGGUCUUGAUAAUACACGCGCUCAACAGAGUCAUCUUCCAAGCUACCCUAUACAUUGCAAAAGUCACUUCUCGUCAUCUGCUGCUACACCAACCACAUAAUGGCAGAGACCAAGCGGCCAGUCGGCCUUCUUUUCGACAUUGGUGGAGUUUGCGUUGUUUCUCCAUUCCAGGCGAUCCUGGACUAUGAGGUUGCACAGAACAUCCCACCAGGCUGGGUAAACUUUAGCAUCUCUCGCACGUCGCCAAAUGGCAGCUGGCACAAGCUCGAGCGCGGUCACAUCCCGAUGGAUGCGAAAUUCUUCGCGGGUUUCAACGAUGAUCUCAAGAAUCCCGAGCUAUGGAAACUGUUCCAUGAACAAUUAGCGCAGAAAAAGGGCCAGACCCCCGGCCCCGUCCCCCCACUGCCAAAAGUGGAUGCAGAGUGGCUCUUCUGGGAGAUGAUGAGGGUAUCCCGCAAUCCGGACCCAUACAUGUUUCCGGCACUUCAGAAGUUGAAGGCAUCGGGGCAAUAUCUGAUGGGGGCUCUAUCGAAUACCGUGAAGUUCCCCGAUGGUCAUGAAUACAACAAUGACGUAUCCGGGGUACGAUCGCAGUUUGAUUUCUUCAUCUCGUCCGCACAUACCGGGCUUCGCAAGCCAGACCCCAAGAUCUACCAGGUGGCUAUCCAAGAAAUGAAGGCUUUGGCUAAGCAGCGCGGACUUCCCGAGGUUCAGCCUUCGGAUAUUGUCUUCUUUGAUGAUAUUGGAGAGAACCUGAAGGGUGCAAAGAAGGCUGGUAUGCGUACCGUCAAGGUUACCCUGGGCAGGAUUGAAGAUGCUGUCAAGGAGCUCGAGAAGAUCACUGGUCUAUCCUUGCUCGAGGGCGAGGAUAAGGCCCGGCUGUGAGGCAAGAUAGCCAUGUAUAGAGAGAAUAGUACAUAUGAAUAGAGUGCUAGUGAUUACCCCGAGUCAAUUUUUGCUUUAU